AUGAACUUUCUAACAGUUCUGAGAAUCAAACAAGAAGCGAAACCGCUUCAGACCAGACCAACCAACGUAUUAUAAGGGCACCGGACAGAAAGGGCGCGCUGUUCGCAAUCUGGCCGAAUUUCUAGGCCGCGAAGUAAUUUUCCACUGAAAAUGUGGCCUAAUUUUUCUAACUCGGCCCCGAGGUCGCUCAAUUUGCACUGCAAAAAGAGUUUCUCAACAGAGCGCCAUUUCUGUUCGGUGCCCUUAUAAUAGCAAUUCGGUUACUUUUUGUGAACAACAACCAUAUUUGAUUGCGUGGCUAUACUUGCAACAGUGAAAUUUUCAGAAAAACAAUGGAGUGGAUCCAGCCCUGUACAUGAUCGAAUGGUUCAUGUGUGUGUAUUGUCGCACUCUACCAUGGGCAACUGUUCUUCGUGUUUGGGACAUGUUUCUUUGUGAAGGAGUGAAAAUUCUUUUCAAAGUAGCAUUAGUUUUAUUGAAGAACAGCUUCGGAACAACGUCUCAAACAAGAAAGUCCCCAGACAUGCCAUCUAUAGUAACGAUGCUGCGUAAUUUACCACCUCAACUGACAGAGGAAGAGUUUCUUGUUCAAAAGGUUAAAAAUUACAAUUACAAAAUAAAUAGGGCCUAAUUCACUUCAGGUUUCCGAGUUACACUUGGACGAUGCGGAAAUGGAAAAACUUCAUUUCGGAGCGAUGAAAAUUCGGCAUAUGAAGUUUGAAUGA